CCUGGCCAGCCUGGGCUUCCUCAACCACACGGCGAGGAUGCGGUCUUGACACAACAGCCUGAACCAGGCCAAGAUCGCGGAGCCGACUGUGCACCACUAUCUCAAAAACGUGGCCCAGUUCCUGGCCUACGUGGCCGAGACCCCGCCGCCCACCUGCCGACUCUCCCGGACGGUCAUGGUGGGGCUGAACCGGGAGAUAAAGACGAUGAUCCGGUCAGUGCGGCGGAAAGUGGUCAUGCACGAGGUGAGGGUUAAACAGGCCAAGGCGGGCCGCCUCAUCACCAAGGCCACUCUCCGCCAGUGCGUCGCCUCCACCAAGGCCGCCAUCCCUGACAUCCUGGGUGAGUUUUUGCCUCCUCUCACACUCGUCUCUCCGACCUCGCACGCGCCUUGACACUUAACGCUUCUCUCUUUUCUCGCAGCCCGUCUCAGAGAGACGGCCGACAGGGCCCUGCAAUGGUCCUUCUACGGGCACCUCACCGCCUACCUGGCCUGUAUCUACGGCCAUCGCGGUGGGGUGUUCCAAAACAUGACCAUUGCGGAGGUGGAGGCGGCCAAGACCGGAUCGCAGGAGGGGUGCUUCAUGAUCAACAUCUCGACUCAUAAGACCAACCAGGCCUUCGGGGCGGCACAGCUGGCCUUGAGUGGCGAGGAGUACGGGUGGCUGGCCGACUUCCUGGACAUGAGGCCCUACUUGGUUGGAGGUGAACACGCGCACUACUUUUUCUUCACCUCCAAGCCCAGCUCGUGCAAGAACCUGAAUCAAUACUUUCAGGAGGCAUGGGCUGGGAUGGGCCUCCCGGGGAGUCCGACGUUUACGGACAUCAGGACCUCCAUCGCCAGUCACGCCAAGAACUUGCACACCUCCGGGGAUCGGCAGAAGGUGGCGCAGUUCAUGUGCCACGACACCUCCACGGCCGACCGGUUCUACGCCCUGAACCUGGAUGCCAGGCAGGCGGCCGAACACUGCCGCCUGUUCGAGGUGGCCGUGGAGGGUGAGGACGCUGCCCCGGGGUCCCCGAAGGCAGAGAAAAGGCCGAAAGGGGAAAAGGCCGGCAAAGAGUUCGGGCAAGCGCCGGGCACCUACCACCAGCCCGCCCACCUCCUCCAGCCCGUCGCCCUCUGGCAGCCCGUCGGGGGAGCAACGCCCGGGGGAAUCCGCUUCCGAGACGACUACGCCGUCCAAGCGGCGCAAACAGGGCAUGCCAAAGAAGAAGGGAUUCCCUCGGGCUCACCUAUCACCCCUGAAGCGGAUGAUGCUGCUGAAGGUUGCCAAGAGGGCACGGAAACAAACAGUUUUCUUUUAAAUUUUUAUUUGCCUUUUUUUUAUUGUUCUGUUUAUUGUGUUCUCGUGUUCUUUUUGUGUUUUUUUAUUGUUGAAUAAAUGUUCCAAACGUUCCUACUGUCAUGUCUUUUUU